ACCUCCUGCCUUCUUUUCUUCCACUUGUCUCCUUUCUUGACGGACACUAACAUUCCGUCAACGAGCCCCACGAGCCCCUGCCAUGCCAUGCCAUGCUGUCCGGCGUUCUGGCCCUCGACCCCGAUUCGAAGCCGUCCAGUCAGCCUUUCCCCCGCGUGCAGUGUAACACUAGCCGACCCGCCCCGCGUCUAGUGUUGCAGAUCGGCCGGGGCCGCUCGCUAUCUCGCUCCAUGUACAACAGCAACACGAUGAUCUGUUACAUCGGGGCGUCGACACGGCAAGGUGUCACAGCAGAGGGUGACAGUGCCAUUGCCGAGAGGCCAUGGCUACAAUUGACCACACAAGAAAUUGCAGCUGGGGCUGACCGUUGUUAUCCUGGUGCCUCCCGCUGUUCUCGAUCCCGACAGGCACACACACACGCCCACACGACGCACAUACUACACAGGUGCCAUUCACAGGCUCGCUGUACUACACUGGACACACAGAACACGCAGGCGGCAACGAUUGUUUUCCACCGGUACACAGUGUUUCGGUACGGAGCUGGAGACUGCGAUAUUUAGACUGCACCUCUUCCUUGCUUCUUGUCUGCAGGUGCCAUACCUUCUUCUCUCUUCCUGUGCUUAGUGGCGCUCUGUCUCCUUUGU